CUACAGUUCCCAGAAUUCCCUUCUUCUUCUCCUUGAACUCGUUUCCCAAACUACAUCCGGUCUCUCCUACAGCAAGUCAAAUGCUCGUCAAUCGCGGGUCUCGACUGCGCUGUUUGUGCAGCUGUGUAGUUUACAGCAGCAGAGGAAGAAGAGCAGGAUGGAGGACACUAACAGGACACACCAGUCUGAAGUUUGCUAACAUCACACAGGUGCAACACUGGGGUACAGUAGCACCAACACGCUUCUACCACAGUGAUUUGGAGGACUUGUACAAGACCGAGUCUGUUCAGAGGUAUCUCCAGCAGCUCAUGGAGGAGUACAGAGACGUCAGAAAGAAGUUACAAUAUGCACACCUCAGCGAGACGGAUAGAAAAGUGCUUAUCAAGAAACGUGCAGAGCUGCUGCCUCUGGCAAUUGUGUUUGAUACUAUUGAACAAACCUUGAAAGACCUCGAGGAAGUCCUUUCACUUCUGCAUAGUUCAGCUGGUACCAAAGAUGAAGAUGAACAAUUGACCCAGCUGUUGAAAGAGGAGGAAGUGCAAAUCUCCCGCAAGAUUUUGGACUUAAGAGAAGAUUUGAUCAAAGCUCUCAUUCCCACCGACCCUCUCGACGCCAGUAAUAUUUUGCUGGAGGUUGUAUCAGGACGAACAACAGGAGGUGACAUCUGUCAGCAGUUCACCAGAGAAAUGUUUGACAUGUACCAGGGCUUUGCUUCUUACAUGAACUGGGAUUUUGAGAUUUUUAACUACACGACUGCUGAGUAUGGUGGCCUGCACCACGCAGCGGUGAGAAUAGCUGGGGAGAAUGUGUACAGACAUGUGAAGCAUGAAGGAGGAACACACCGGGUGCAAAGGAUCCCUGAGGUGGGCCUCUCCUCCAGGAUGCAGCGUAUCCACACGGGAACCAUGACGGUCAUUGUCCUGCCUCAGCCAGUGGAGUUUGACGUCCAAAUUGAUCAGAAGGAUCUUCGCAUCGACACUUUCAGAUCUCGAGGUGCUGGGGGCCAAAGUGUCAACACAACAGACAGCGCAGUGCGCAUCGUUCAUCUUCCCACCGGUAUUACAGCCGAGUGUCAGCAGAGUCGCUCUCAGCUGAAGAACAGAGACACCGCCAUGGGUGUGCUGAAGGCCCGGAUCUACCAGAGCAUCAUGGGUAAAGACACGGAGCAGAGAGAUUCAGCGCGAAAGCAGCAGUUGGGCACACGUUCUCAGUCAGAGAGGAUUCGUACCUACAACUUCAGCCAGGAUCGUGUCACAGACCACCGGACUGGAUAUGUUACGAGAGAUAUUAAGGAGUUCAUGAAAGGAGGAGAAGCACUCCAUGAUCUGAUCUCUGACGUACGUGAACAUGCAGAGAGGGAGGCUCUUCUGGAGCUGGUGGAGAGCAGCAGGCUGAAACCUCCAGAGUCUGGACAAUCUGCACACUGACACAUUGACCGACACCCCUCGCAGUACUGUGACUGCACACCAGGGCUGAAAUAUACAUGAUAUGAAUGUAUGCUUGUACAAUAGUCUUAUUACAAAAUGUGCAACGUUGGACAAACUGCACCCACUCAUAAUCAAGUAUGGAGUUUUUAUUUUUGUAAUAAAAUAUUAAAUUAUG